AUGUCAGCUAUUGUAACAAGAAUCGUUGGAAAAUACAAUCUUAACCCAGGAAUGAGUACAUCCGAUCUUAGUAAAUAUACUUCUGAAUUGCUAAAAGACCUUGCAGACGAUAGAAAGCGGAAUCAAGCGCGAAGACGCCUUCGAGAUGGUUUCAAAUUCAGUGAGGACCAGGGCGACCAACUUGAUUGUGCUUUGGACCUCAUGCGCCGUCUUCCGCCUCAGAACAUGGAAGAGAAUUUGUCUCAGUUAAUAGAUCUAGUCCCUCACCUUCAAGAUGAAUUGCUCAACAACGUUGACCAGCCCCUUAAAGUCCAGAGAUGCAAGGUUAAAGGCAGAGACUAUCUUGUAUCUGAGUUUAACAGGGAUGGUGACUCGUGUAGAUCCCCUUGGUCUAACGAGUAUGAGCCUCCUUCAAUCGAAAGCCCUUUGCCUUCCUCCAAAUUACGCAGGCUAGAAAUAGCUGCUAAUGAAGCGUUCGAUACGUAUAGAGAAAUGUAUUACGAAAAAGGUGUGUCUUCUGCAUAUUUUUGGGAUGACACUGAUGCGUUUGCUGGGGCUGUUCUCUUCAAGAAAGUCGGCGAAGAUGGAAGAAAGAUGAAGGGUGCAUGGGAUUCUAUUCACGUUUUUAGAGCUACGGAGAGAGGACGCAACGCACACUACAAGUUGACAUCAACAAUAAUGCUCUAUACCAUUACCGAUAGAGAAGAAACAGGCAAACUGAAUCUCUCUGGUAGCAUGACAAGACAAACUGAGGCUGACUAUCCAUACGAUGAACCACAAGCCCAUAUCGCUAAUAUUGGACGUAUAAUUGAAGAUAUGGAACUGAAAAUGCGUAAUUCACUUCAAGAAGUGUAUUUUGGAAAGACAAGAGAUAUUGUUAAUGGUUUGAGAUCUGUGGACUCUCUAAUUGAAUCUAGAAAGCAAGCAGAAAUUCAAAAAGAACUUGUCAGUAGACUCGCUCGUCGCGAAAAAGAUUCAAACAAAAGCCCUGCUGCCAAGCCAAAUAGGAGUGAUACUUGA